UUUAAUGGGAGGCACCUGGAGCUCUGCAUCCGCAUUUGGCUCAGCAGGAACCUGAGAGGGUAAUAAAUAGGCUGAGAUGGCUCCUCAGCCUCAUAAUCUCCGGAGGCAGGAGAGUGGGGCUCCUGCUUUGAAAGUGGGGCUUCUUCGAGGCAGGCCAUGGGGUGGUGGCGGCAGCUCCUGCUGGGGCUGUGGGCGGUCCUGCCCACGUGGGCCGGGCCUGAGCUGCUCAACAUCUGCAUGAACGCCAAGCCCCACAAGCCAGAGCCCAGCCCGGAGGACAAACUCUAUGAGGAGUGUAUCCCCUGGAAGCACAAUGCCUGCUGCACGGCUGACACCAGCUGGGAGGCCCACCUGGACGUGGCCCUGCUCUACAACUUCAGCUUGGUCCACUGCGGAUUGAUGAUGCCGGGCUGCCAGAAGCACUUCCUCCAGGCCAUCUGCUUCUACGAGUGCUCCCCCAACCUGGGGCCUUGGAUCCAGCAGGUGCGAGGGGCAGGCUGGGAGACGGACCCGCACGGGCAGGCAGAGCGGAUUCUGGACGCGCCCCUCUGCCAGGAGGACUGUGAGGAGUGGUGGGCUGACUGCCGCACAUCCUACACCUGCAAAUCCAACUGGCUCGGAGGCUGGACCUGGAGUCGGGGGAAGCACCGCUGCCCGGCGAGGGCCCUCUGCCACCCUUUCCCGCAUUACUUCCCCACCCCCGCCGACCUGUGCGAGAAGAUCUGGAGCCACUCCUUCAAGGCGAGCCCGGAGCGCCGGGACAGCGGGCGGUGUCUGCAAAAGUGGUUCGAGCCCACCCGGAUCAACCCCAACGCGGCUGUGGCCCGCCUCUUCGCCAGCCCUGCCCCGUCCUGGGCGCUCUCCUACAGGCUCAUGGCCUUCGCUCUGUCCCUGUCCCUCCUCUCCUGAGAGCCCGCCUCCCUCCACACAUGAGCAGCACAGGGUGCGGGUGGGUGGGAUGCUGAGGCCGCAGGAGCUGGUGCCUGAGCCUCGCAGGU